ACGAUCACCUUAAAGCAUAAUUUUAAAACAUCAGGACUGACUGCGAUCACACCACCCAGCUUGUUUGACUCAGCUCGGUGAUGAUGAAGGCUGCACUUGUCACGUUCAGCUCUCUGUGUUACUUUGUCGGACUGUUGGCUGAAACCGGAAAGCCUCGAGCCAUUUGCCCGAAUCCCACAAUUGAGGCAGUGGAAGGUGAUACAGUCACUCUACAAUGUUAUUUGAAUCCCCCGCACAACGUGGUGGAUUACGCUCUUGAUUGGACAAGAGAUGACCUCAACAAAGGGGUGUACUCUUAUCGAGGCAAGCAGGAAAAUCCAAAUGACUGGAUGGAUCAAUACAAAGGCAGGUCGACUCUCCACCUUGAAGACCUGAGCAGAGGCAUCCUGACUCUGCAGAUCUCCUCAGUACAGCUGGCUGACAGCGGACCGUACAAGUGUUUUAUCUCAAGACUGUUGACCAGCUGUGUUGUUAAUGUCACUGUUGUCCACCAGAGCAAAAAGAACACAACUAGACCUCCACCAGAUGAGCUGGACAAACCUGAUGGUGGAAAAAGGCACAUUAUUCAUGCUGGCAUCAUUUCCUCUCUUGUUGUUCUUCUUGGAGUUCUGAUUGUGCUUCUGGUGAAAUAUAAAUUAAAGAAGAGGCUCAGAUGAAGCUGUGAGCUGGAACACCUGAGAACAUCAUCAACAAAAGAGGAGACAACUGUCUUUGUUUGUCUGUGAUUGGCUGUCUAAAAUUAGCACAGAUGACUGAACCGUUUUUUAAAUCACAAGUAUUUUUUGUUAGAUUUUUUUUGUUUAAAGAAUGUACUUUUUUAAGAAUUUAUUUUUUUAAAUAAUUUAUUUUAAAUAAUGUUUUGCAGUCCACCAAACAUCUUGGCAUUAUGGAAUCAGGGACCUUGUAUCUGUUAAUAUUAAUCGUGUCUAACAGUCUUAUCCAUAAAUUCAGGCACAUGAGGGAGGCAAAGAACCAA